CAACCAAAAAAAAAAAAAUCCCCGUUUCGAACCGUGCUAAUUUUUUGACGUACUUUUAUCUUAGCCAAACAAUAGCCUUGCCUUGAGACACUGAAGUUGGUGCUCUGCUCCGUAGCUUCUUCGUUUUCUUUUCUAGGGUUCAAGUUGGGAUUUUUCUUUCGAAUCUCUUAGCUUUGCGUUGAUUGGUUGAUCAAUGGAGGCGGCAGAGGAGCAAGGCCGUGGACUACUGCACCAGAUCCUCCCUCCGCGCCUCGAGGACGCUGGCCUCGAGGACUGCGCCCUCCCUCCGGACUCAAUCAAGGAGGCUUUCAUCAAAGCCGCCACCGUCGUGAAAUCACGUGCCGCCUCGAUCUUAUACUCCGACGAAGACGAGGAUGCCGACGGCGAUUGCGUCAAGGAUCCAUGGCCUGACGCGAAGGACCGGUCCGAUGUUGUGGUCGGGGUGUCGCCGGAGGGCGAGGCUCCGGGACCUUGCGCUACCGAGAACGGUACCGGAGCGGCGGAGAUCGGAGGGGAUGAUGUGGCUGUGGGAGGCGGCGAUGAGUUGGAGGAUAAAGUGGUGGUUGGGAGCGAGGAUGAGAAGGGAGGGAAGGAUUGCGUGGAAGGAUUGCAGGGAUUGGAGAUCGGAGACGAGAAGAAGAAAAAUGGCGGUGGCGAUGAGGAGGAUAAGGGUGAGGAAGAUGAAGACAGACCUAUCCUUGUUGGAGGUUAUGUUUGAAACCCUAGAAACUCGUUUUUUAAUCGAAAAAUGUGUAAUGCUUUCGUUUUGGUAAUGCAUAUAUAUGAGGCUAUGUUUUAACUUCCAACGACAUGUAAAGUGAAAUAUCAAUAAAGUUGUGUUUCAGUUAAAGAAUUGAAGUUUUAAAA